AUGUCCAUUGAGGCACAGCCCGCGCAACUUACAGAGAACCGCGUCUCCUCCAUCCAUGAAGAGCAUAGGACAUCCUCGCCUUCCUCCUGUGACAGGAAGAUUGAACUGGACGUCGAGAAGCAACCGCCAGAGGAUUUGCUCGCAGACCCUUAUAUGUUAAGGUCGGCCAUGAAGUCUGCGUCUGAGUUGGAGGCCCUUCGGAAGAGGGGGAAAAAUGGGAAAGGAAUCGGAGCGUAUCAUUCGAGGCAGAAUUCGCUCAUCGACAAUCUUCUGAAACCUAUCGAUGAGCAUUCCGAGGAUGCUAGGAUGGCUGAAGAAGCCGCGCGUCUUCCCAUUCAGAUCGCUGUUUAUGGAAGCUUGUUUGUAAACGUUAUGAUUUGCGUGCUUCAAGUGUAUGCGGCUGCCACAUCCUCAUCGUUAUCUCUGCUCGCGGCGGCAAUUGAGUCGAUUUUCGAUGUCGGUUCAAUCUUGGUGCUGAAGUACUUCCACUACAAGGCCUCCCGUCUUGACGUCGACAAGUGGCCCGUGGGAGGGAGUCGGCUAGAGACCAUUGGAAACAUUGCAUAUGGCGCAUUAAUGGGUUGCGUUAGCUUGGUAGUCGCUGUGGAAUCUAUGCGCACCAUUUUUUCCCAUAGAGACGAUCAGCUGAAUGGAUUUCACCAGCCAUCGAUUAUUGCCGCGGGUGCUGGCUUGGUCAUUCGUAGCUACCAAACUAUGCCUGCUACUCUACUGCUUCCCGCUUCCGGCUUCGGCCUACUUAUGUCUGCUGGCGGCAGUAAACUGCGUUGGUGGCUUGAUCCCGUUGGAGGCCUCAUCAUUUCCAGUUCUAUUGUCAUCUCCUGGUGUAAGAGGGUUUCCACGGAGUUCGGACUCUUGGCAGGAAAAUCUGCCUCGCACGAAUUCAUCCAAUUGGUCACCUACAAGGUCGCCACUUUCUCAGACGAAAUCGAGAAAAUAGAGACGGUCAGAGUAUAUCACAGUGGUCCUGGUUACUUCGUUGAAGUGGACAUCGCUAUGUCAAGAGAGACGCCUCUUUGGAAAGCGCAUGAUAUAUCGCAAUUGCUUCAGGACAAACUGGAAGUCCUGCCUGAGGUGGAGAGAGCAUUCGUGCAUGUCGAUCAUGAGACCACACGCUCCAUGGCACACCACCGCAAGAUCCUUCUGUGA